GAGAUUUAUCUAAAAUGUCACGUAUAUUAGCCUGUUUGUACUAUCAUUCUUCAAAAGUUACCAGGCUAGAAGCUUACCAUCUUUCACCUUGACUCAUUUUAGUUUGUAUCAUUUAUUCGGUGUAUGCAUUGAACUAAUAAAAGUAUGACAUGUAUUUUGUAUAUAAAUAUUAUUGUUUAAUUAUGUGAUGUAUAUUUAUCUUUUAUACUACGUACUAAAUCAUGCUUAAUUAACACGGUCACCCAUUCGAGUAAGUUUCUCUUUUUUUUCUUUUUUUUCCUUUGACUGAGAUAUGAAGGCGCACACAGAGAUUCCACUCUCACUGUUUUUUUCACUAUAAAUAGGGAAAUAGAUUUGCAUAAAAUAUAAUUUUUCACAUAGUACUUUGCUCUUCUUCUUGUUAGCUCAUUUGCUCACUGUGUAAGAAUCCAUCUGUAUUUUCAUGGCCGCUAACUUACAGAAACGUGGACUUGUGAGCUUGGCCUUGGGGAAGCGAUUAAUUAUGAACCAUAUCGCUCGAAAUUCUGCUAACUCAUCUACUGGCAGGAGGGCAGUCCACAUGUCAUCGGUGUAUGACAAGAAUCCAGAGGAAUAUUUGUCAUCGGUACCCAAUGAAAUAAUCGAGGAAGCACAAUCAGACAAGUACUGGACUCCACAUCCCCAAACUGGAGUAUUUGGGCCAGCCACUGAUCACAUUAUCUACGAUAAACAUGAUUUCCAUUUAUCCACAGUAGAUUCUGUGUUGGAACAGAAGACUUUCUUUCGUGAUCUUGGGGACCUGGAGAAGCCAAUUUACCCAUAACUUUCAAAAAUAUAUUGUACAUAUUAUAUACUUCAAAGUGCUCAGAUCGACGGGAGGAGUAGCUGUACUUGCAACAAAAUAAUAGUCCUUCCACUUCAAUAUAAUAUGUUCGUCUUAUUUUAACUUGAAAAUGUUAGAAAAUAAAAAAUAAUUUUAAACUUUGUAUUCCUAAACUAAAGAUAUGUGGGAAAUAAGACAAACGAAUUGAAAUGGAGCAA